AUGAGUAUGAACGACAGUUUCUUUGACAACAUAGAAGUUUUGAACUAAAAUGUAACUACAUACAGUAAACCAUAAACUAUUUGUAAAUCCUUAGAGCGUUCAUUCGCAACUUGCAGUAAUCCACCUAAGUAUGUAUGCCUUUGAUAUUUAUACCUUCAGCAAAAAUAUUCAGCAACAAAGUUAAUUACAUAAAGACGUUUCUAUAUAAAGGCAUUAAUCAUACAAAUUAGAUUACUUCUUAAAAUAAUAAGUGAAGAAUUCUUAAAACAAUACUUAAUCCAAAAGCUAUCGAAGUAUAAAAUAAUAAGAUUAUAACACAAACAAUUUGACAUAGAACCCUUAAAGUAAUGAGUAAUAUCUAUUUAGAAUCCUAUUUAAAGCAAUAGAUGAGAUUAAAAAUAAACUUAGAGAAUGAUGCUUAUUAAUCUAAUUUGAGACACAAAACCUCAUCUUCACACAAUACAACCAAUCCUUAUUAAUCAUCCUUAGCAACUUUAAUGAAAUAACAAGUAAUAUUAUUUUUUUAAUCAAUUAAGAUGCAGAAAUAGUAAUAAAGUUAUGCCAAUAUAUGCAAAACUUUGAAUGAUGAGUCCAAACCAAGAAUUUCCUCCACACAUAGGCAAUCUAUAGUUCCUUAAAAGUUAACUUAAAGACAAGAUUCUGUCAAUAUUAGAAAGAGCAAUUCAGUCUAUAUGCAAGAAUUUAGAAAAAUGUUUAGCAAAAGCAAAUAUAGCAUCCACAACAAUAUUUGA